CUGCAUAAGCUGCAUGUGCUGAGCUUGAGCAUUAUUAAUAUUGCGCGUUAUACAUGUGGAUUAUUAAAACCUUAAAGUAUAGAUCCUUCAUAGACAAUAUGACGGGGCGUCUGAGAAAAGCGGGGAAACCCUGAAUCUGUCUGCAGACGGUUUAAUAUAAUCUGGAUAACACUUCCAUAAAUGAGAGCUAUUUAUUCAGGUAUAUAAAGCUUGAGAACUAAGGGAAAAAAGCCCAAGCCCGAACUCGAGAAAGAACAGUCCGAAGUCUGAACGCGUUCCGCAAAGAUCGAAUACCUUUGUAUUUCGCUAAAAUUUCGCUAGAAAGUGCACGAGCAUCGCGUUCUUCAAUUUGUCGUUCGGUUGUCUCAUAUUGAAAAUAGCGUAACUGAAGCUGCAGUUAAAAUGGCUAUGUACGAUCUGAAUGCUAUUCCGAUGAACAAUCGUUUGAGGUUUGAUCAUCGGCAGUAUCAACUUACGGCUACGAGUGCCUUCAAAGUUUUGGAGACGGGGAUGGCGUAUGGCAAUUUCAGAGAGCAAUUUUUUAUUAGAAUAACAAGAAACGUGAUGUAUAGGAAUAGAAGGCCUUACAUCAUAUACGUCGACAUAACAAAAGCAGAUUUCGACCAAAUUAUGAUGCGAGCCAGGCGUAUACAACAAUUAUUACAAAAUAGAAGUCAUAACAAAGUAGUAUACCAAAAUUCAAGUAUCCAUGUAUGGACCCAGGGCCCUCGUAUGGAUGGACCUAGCGAAAUGGACCUACUAUGCUUUGUUUUCGUGGCUCCAAUGGCAAAAGAAUUUAGAUAGUCGAACGAACUUUCAUUCAGAUGAUGAAUAUUGCAAAAUUCGUAGAUGAUGAUUACUGUAGAUUUAAUGAAUAUUUUUGUAAGCGUAACAACGAUCACUCAGAUUAUUAUAGUGACGAAAAUUAUUAUAAUUAAGGCUAAGUUAAGGGAAAGACAAAAGUUUUAAUGGAAAAUAAAUAGUG